GAUCGUGGUCAUAAUCGGCGCAUGUGCCAUCCAUGAGCUACGGCAUCCACACCUAUAGAAAGCGACGUUCAAUUGUGGACAACGAUUUUUGCACACAGCACGUCGAUGCUUCACGCUUCGUAUAUGUCGACGCGCCGGCGAUUAUUCCGACGGCUGUGCGACUAUAAUGGUGGAAGGAGAUAACAGAACGUAAUGCGAAUAAGAUAACGGUGUCUUCGUCGCGGAGAAGGAGAUGGUUAUAAUGUACGCGUGAAGUUCAAAUACUUCGAGUCGGUAUUCCGUAUCGACAGUGCCUCGAAGACUGUAAGGAGACAGAAUUGUCGGUCAAUUGUCUGAAUAAUCUCACGGAUCGACUCUGCAGGAAAAUCCUUGCUCAAGAUUCCUGUGAUCAUUUGCAGAAUCAGUUCGACUUAUCGUGACUUUACCGAACUUGGCGGUGAUUAUGGACAGAACGCGACUUACGUACGUCACAACUGCUGCUGUGGGCGUUAGCACGGCAGUUUUUUUCAUCUGGUGGUGGUGGAAUAGAAAACAAAAGCCUCAGCCACCGUCAAAGUGGCGAAAAGUCGGAGAACUAAGUGAUAUGAUGGUGUUCCCGGUUAAAUCACUCGGUGCAGUUCGCAUGACAGAGAUGGAAUGCACCACGUUGGGACUGAAGUCCGGAUGGUUGAGGGAUCGAACACUGCUCGUUAUCGAUCUUGAGGGUCGAUUUCUUACCGCCAGACAGUUUCCCAAAAUGGUCAAUGUAUCGCCUAGUUUUUCCGGUUCCGUGCUUACGCUUCGUGCUCCAGGUAUGAUGUCGGUGUCGGUCGACCUUGCACAAUUCCGUGGUAAAGGUUUCCGAGUCGCUGUAUGGGGUCAAGCGGUACCGGCACGCGAUUGUGGUGAGGAAGUUGCCCGAUGGCUGUCGCGUUUUCUUUUUCAAGAAGAUACCGGAUGCCGGCUGGUUUAUUAUCCGUUAGAUCGACCAGUGAGAACAGUGCGACAGAGAAAUCUAAAAGUAUUUCCUUUACUACAAGAGACAGACUCGGGAGCUUAUCCAGAUGAAACAAGCUUCAGUAUGAUCAACGAAGCUUCAGUAGCAGAUCUUAAUACCCGACUAAACGAACCAGUCACGCCGCAGAAUUUUCGCAUGAAUUUCGUGGUCAAGGGUGCCACUGCUUUUGAAGAAGAUAAAUGGGAUUGGGUAAAGAUCGGGAACGUAAUUCUGAGAAACGUUAGACCCUGCACAAGAUGUAUUUUUACUACUAUAGAUCCGGAAACCGGCACAAAACAUGCUAAUGCGGAGCCUCUGAAAACUUUGAAAACUUAUAGACAGAUAACCGAUCCGCAAAUUCGACCUGCAAUUGGUGACAGUCCAGCUAUGGGAAUUCAUCUUGGAUUGCGAGGGCCAAACGGAAUAGUUCACUUAGGCGAUCCAAUUUAUGUGGGCAUCCCGGAAGAAGAAACAUCAUCUUUGGUUUCACCAUCAUAGCUAUACCGUUGGGACUCUUGCGAGAUUUCAGAACAUGAACUCGAUACAGAUUUAAUAAUCGAGGACCAAAACAUGUGAAAAGCGGAGUUCCAGAAUGAUGAAAUAUUGAUAGUUAUAUAGGGUGUCUCAGAAAUAAGGCCACAUUGGAAAUCAUAGAAUGGAUCAAGAACAAUAAAAUCUGAUAUCAUUUUGAGAUAUUUGCUGUAGUUUUCAAAUUAAAAAAGGAAACGUAUAAGCCAAUGUGCGAUGAUAAGCAAUAUGCGCCAGAUUGUCAAAUAUUAUACACAUACAGACACUCGACAUGCAUAAUUAUCCAUGAAUAGGCCAAUUUAAUGAAUGUGUGCAAAGUUGAUUUAUGUUAGCCAAAUCGUCUGAAGGUACCUUUAUACGAAUCUGGUCUACAAAUUCUAUCAAGGCCUAGUGAUCUUUAUCAAUUUUAUAUUAAUAUUUAUAUCAUACAGUAUUUGUCUAAUUUUUGUAAAAACUUUGUCAUAAGUACAUAAAUACGAUAGAGAACGUCAAUAAACGA